AUGGCCAGUGAUAAAGAAAAGUCGACCGGAGCCGGUGAAGCCAUAGAUACAAACUCGCCUUACUACCUUCAUCCCUCAGACUAUCCUAAACAACUACAGGUCAAUGAGAAUCUGACCGAUUCCAACUACAAAGACUGGAUUCAAGAAAUGACUAAUUUCUUGUUUGCCAAGAACAAAAUAGAGUUCGUUGAUGGAACCCUACCCAAACCCGACAAAACUGACGACAAGUAUAUGCCAUGGAUGUGCUGCGAUGCGAUGAUAAAGGGGCGGCUCACCACUGCGAUGGAGAAAGAAAUACGGCAGAGGUUCGGAAAGGAAAGCGCUCCAAGGACGUAUGAGCUGAAGCAGUCGAUCUCCGCUACUCGACAAGAAGGUGCGUCGGUUUCAUCCUAUUACACCAAGUUACGGGGCUUAUGGGAUGAGAUUGAUUCUUUGUUUCCAAGCCCAAGAUGCGACUGUGGGAAUUGUACGUGCGGGAUCGGAAAGAAGAUCACGGAAUUAAAGGAAAAAGAAAGAACGUAUGAGUUCCUAAUGGGUCUCAACGCGGAUUUUUCGGUUAUGCGAACCCAGAUACUAGCAACCAAGCCCUUACCGGGUCUCGGUGAAACGUAUCACCUCGUAGUCGAGGAUGAACAGCAGAGGAUCAUAGCCGCCGGGAACAAACCGCUACCUGUACCAGAUGCUGCUGCGUUUGGAGCCUCAUAA